AUGGUUAAAGUCAAAGUUCUAUCUCGUUCUUCCAAUGACUAUGUGAGAGAACGUGCUCAAGAUAUUCACAAAGUACAACGCAAUUUUGACCCAACUGCGCAUCCUUUCGAACAAGGCAGAGAAUAUGUCCGUGCACUCAAUUCAGUCAAGUUGGAUCGUAUGUUUGCAAAGCCUUUUAUUGCAUCACUCAAUGGUCACAUUGACGGUGUCUAUUGUUUAACAAAACAUCCUUCUAAGCUCAACUCAAUGAUUUCUGGUAGUGGUGAUGGUGAGAUUCGCAUUUGGGAGUUGUCAGAACAAAGCACUACUUGGAGAGUACAAGGUCACCGUGGCCUUGUGGCAGGCGUCUGUCCUGGUAAAGAAGAAGGCCGCUUUUUGUCUUGUUCUACAGACAAGACUGUCAAAGUAUGGGGAGAAGAUACAGAGCCUAUCGAAACUUAUAUGGGCAAGCAUUCCUUUACGGGCUUAUCACAUCAUCGCUCAGAACCUCUUUUCGCUACAUCUGGUGGCACAGUGGAAGUUUGGGACGAGAACAGAUCUGAACCUAUUCAUGAUUUUGCUUGGGGAGCAGACUCUUAUCAAACUGUCAAAUUUAACCAAGUUCAACAAAACAUUUUUGCUUCUUGUGGUACAGAUCGUACUAUUGUCUUGUAUGAUUUAAGAACUAGUUCACCUAUCACAAAGCUGGUCAUGUCACUCAAGACAAAUGCGAUUGCUUGGAAUCCUAUUGAAGCUUAUACGUUUACGAGUGGUAGUGAAGAUCAUAAUGCAUAUACCUUUGACAUGAGAAACAUGAAGUCUGCUAAGAAUGUAUUGAAGGACCAUGUCUCUGCCAUUAUGGACGUCGACUAUUCACCUACAGGUCAAGAAAUUGCUACAGGUUCAUAUGAUCGUACCAUUCGUUUGUAUGAUGUUGGUCAAGGCCAUAGUAGAGAUUGUUACCAUACAAAGCGUAUGCAGAGAGUGUUCUCUGUUCAGUUCUCUAUGGAUAGCAAAUAUGUCUUGACUGGUUCUGAUGAUGGCAAUGUUCGUAUUUGGAAGACACAUGCUAAUGAAAAGAUUGGUAUCAAGGACUGGCGUGAAAAGAACAAGCUUGAAUAUGCUAGCAAGUUGAAGGAAAGAUUCGGUCAUAUGCAAGAAAUCCGUAGAAUUGACAAGCAUAGAAGAACACCUAAGGACAUUAAGAUUGCAGACAACAGAAAGAAGGAAAUGACAAAUGCUGAAAAGAGAAAGGAUGAAUUAAGACGCAAACAUUCCAAGAAGUUGGACUCUGUUAGACGUGUACCUGAAAGAGAAAAGUCUAUCAUUGGUAUCGCUAAAUAA